AUGGAGGUGGUGCUGCGCUUUGGUUUUAUUUUCUCCUUUGCCAUCACGUUUAUGUACUACAUUUCCAGGUUUGCUUGGAGGAGGGCGCUGCGCGAUACAAACAAGCAAAAACGAGCUCGCAUCCUUGUCUCUCUCGGUAUUCGCGAACCCGGAAAGUACAUGUUUGUAGGAUUUUUGCACCCAUAUUGCAAUGGUGGAGGGGGCGGAGAGCGUGUAUUAUUUGAGGCGAUCAGCACGCUGCAAAACGACGCCAAUAUCAUUAGCGUCGUGUACACGGGCGACAUUGAGCCCUUGCCCGACGGUGUGAGCAAGGCAGAAAUUCUGGCCAAGUGCAAGGAACGAUUUGGUAUUACGCUGCGCGAAGACCUCGUUGCUUUCUUGCCGCUUCGUAACAGGUACCUGGUGGAUGGAAGCUAUUGGCGCUACUUUACGUUGCUUGGUCAGGCAUUUGGCAGCAACCGUAUCACGUACGAAGCAUUGGGAAUGAUGGUCCCGGAUGUAUUCAUCGACUCUGUGGGCUACGGCUUCUCCAUGCGUGCCGUUAAAAACUUCUCGUCCAAGAUCCGCGUCGGCACCUACAUCCACUACCCGAUGAUCAGUUCUGACAUGCAGCGUCGUGUACGCAGCCGCAGCUCAGGCCUUACGAACUCGUCUCGCAUUGCCGAUAGCAUUUUGCUGAGCGGUAUCAAGAGUGUCUACUAUUUGAUUUUGAGCACUUUCUACGGGCGAGCGCUGCGUGCCGCCGAUUGCAUCGCCGUGAAUGGAACCUGGACGCACAACCAUGUGCAAGAGCUGAUGCGGCAUACCGUCCCACGCCCUUGGACUCCGUAUGUGCCCCCCGUCCACAUUGUGUAUCCCCCCUGUGAUACGGAGCAACUCGCGCGUCUGCCCUUGGACUCGCGUCAGCUUUGCAGUAUUGUGAGCUUGGCGCAAUUCCGGCCAGAAAAAGACCACGAAAUGCAGCUUCGCGUGGUGCACCGUUUGCUUACCGAGAACGCGUUUUUGCGGCGUGCACAAGGGGAUAGGCGCCCACUCAUGCUCACCAUGAUUGGUGGGUGCAGGAAUAAGGAGGAUCGGGCGCGCGUCGAUUCGCUCCAGAUGCUCGCCAAGGAGCUUGGGAUUGAGCGCAACGUGGAGUGGUGCAUUGAUGCACCGCGCACCUUGGUCCUGGAGAAGCUGCGCCGCGCAAGUAUAGGUCUGAGUACCAUGGUGGACGAGCACUUUGGCAUUAAUGUGGUUGAAUACAUGGCCGCGGGCCUGCUCACGCUCUCGAACGCGUCCGCAGGUCCUCUCUUGGAUAUUGCUGUGCCUGUGGAUGGCGAGGUGACUGGAUUUCAUGCGAAGCAGCUUGAGACCUACGUGGAGCAGGCGUACAAGCUGCUGACCAUGCCCGAGGUUGAUGCAUUCCUCAUCCGCGAGCGCGCACGCAAACAUGUCGUGAAUACCUUUAGCGACCAACAUUUCUGUUCCGCAUGGAAGACCAAAUUCUGGGACUGGCUGGUGCCCCCAACGCUUUUGCAGCUCAACGAGGAGCGGAUCCAGGAGAUCAAGGAAGAAAGGGCACAAAAAGCGCUAGCGCAGGUGCAGCGCGCCAAGGAGCGCGAGGUGCGACGCAUCGCAGCAGAAGCCAAGAAGCAGGUUUAG